AUGAAUGCUAUGCUCGCGGGUGUCUCGGAAAGUGAGAGACAGAGGCUGAUGAUGAUGCUUGAAGACAUGCAAAUCAAGGAACAGGUGACCAUGUACAACAGUCUUGUGGAAAGAUGUUUCAACAAUUGUGUGACCUCAUUUCGGUCCAAGACGUUGGACGACAGAGAGGAGAAGUGCAUCACGAGGUGUACGACCAAGUUCAUCAAGGCAUCUGCUCGAGCUGGUCAAGCUUUCCAGGCUAUCGGCAUGCAACCAGGUGAACUUCCUCCGCAUCGACGGCGUGGAUGA